AUGCUGCUCAGACGAUCAAUAUCGCGCUCCUGUCACUUCAGACCGUCGAGUUUCAUCCGCAUUGCUCGCCAUGGCUCCUCCUUGGCACCGCCGCUAAUUCGCAUCCAAGAUGGUACUUUUUACGAAAACUAUCCUACUCCCGACGAUGCGGCCAAAGACCGUAACCGCCCUCUCUUCCAAAACUUAAAUUUUGUCCUACCUUCGAAGCCAACUCCUUCUCCCACCGAGGGCAAGGAAAGUCUACAACAUUGGGCUGUGAUCGGUUCGUUGGGAAGAACCCAGCUGCUUGAUAUCCUCCGCGGCCAGUACAUCUGCCUUCCGCCCACCGCUCGCAGUUACCCUUUCCUUCUCACGGAUGAGAUCGCGGCCAAAGAUGCUCGGUUACGGUUUGUGGGAAAUGCAAUUCAAUACAUUGGAUUCAGUGGGGAGGGUUCAGAGGCAAUCGGUGGCACUCGGGGCGCGUACCUGAGUGCUCGGUAUGAGAGUCUUCGGGAAGAAACCGACUGGACUGUCCGCCAGUAUCUUCGGGGUCAAACCUCUCUGAAUCCCUUAGAAGGAGAAGAGAAUGGAACGGUCCGAAAUGAGGAAUUGUUGGCGCAGGUUAUCACCGACUUGCGCUUAGGGGAGCUGCUCGACAUGCCCGUUGCCAAUCUGAGCAAUGGCCAAACAAGGCGUGCGCGGAUCGCAAAGGCCCUCCUCAGUGAGCCAGAGCUGUUACUGCUUGAUGAACCUUUCAUGGGCCUGGAUCCAGCUACAGUUCGGAGUAUUUCCGGUCUUCUCGAACGCCUAGCAGUGAAGGCCUCGCCAAGGUUGAUCCUCGCCUUGCGGCCGCAGGACAAUCUUCCGGAUUGGAUCACCCACAUUCUUCUUCUCGGAAACUCCAACCAGAUCCUGUUCCAGGGCACAAGGUCGGAAGCGGACAGAGUCAUGCAUGUCUGGAAGCAUCUUACAAAGAAGGGCAGGACCCCAGCACUCAGUGAAGAGGAACAGAAGAUACUGCAAGAAGCUCGAAAGGACAUGGAGUCGGGCUCCCUGGAUCGACAACUGCUCUGGGAUCUCAAUCUUAUCGAGACUAGCUCGAAUCACCGUAACGCAGUGACAACUCACGGGGGAGAGCCGCUGAUCGAGAUGGAAGGCGUUCGUGUGCAAUACGGCGACAAGGUCGUUCUCGGCGGCUGGAAGCAAAGCGUCAGCGCUCAGAAAAAGGAGGGACUGCAUUGGACCGUUCGUCGCGGCCAGCGUUGGGUGGUGCUUGGGGCCAAUGGUUCAGGGAAAACCACAUUACUGUCCUUGAUUACAUCGGACCAUCCACAAACCUACGCUUUGCCGAUCAAGGUCUUUGGGCGCUCGCGCUUGCCCGAGGCGGGCAAGCCAGGCAUUUCGAUCUUUGAACUUCAAUCGCGCCUUGGUCACUCGUCCCCCGAAAUUCACGCUUUCUUUCCCCGUCAACUUAGCAUUCGCCAGGCCAUCGAGUCUGCCUUUGCUGAAACAUUUCUUGCCAAGCCGACUUUGGAUCACGAACGAGACUUGGACGUAAGUGCGGCGUUGAGGUUCUUCAAAGCCGAAUUAGACCCAGACGCAGCCGUCACAACUCAACAGAAACCACCUGGUGUGAAUUACCGCGCUAUGGAUCUAUUCCCCAAUAUCGGACAACUCAAAACUACCAAAAAUCGCGAUUUCGUGCCGACAGACUACGAUGUCGAGUAUGCCGACUCUGUACGGUUCGGAGAACUUAGCACUGCACAGCAACGCCUCGUGCUCUUCAUUCGUGCAUUGAUCCACAAGCCAGAUAUAAUCAUCCUUGACGAGCCUUUCUCCAACAUGUCUGCGUCCCUCAGAGACAAGUGUAUCCACUUUCUCGAGGCCGGUGAGAUGCGUGGCAAUCUUAAAACCUCCAUCACGAGGCGUACAACAAGCACGGAGGCUACGUGGCUCAAGGGCUCCAGCGCCAAAGCAAGUGAAAUACGGCACCGCGGUCUAUCCGACGAACAAGCCCUCAUUAUGAUCAGUCACGUUAAGGAGGAAAUCCCUGACAGUGUCCGAUACUAUAUGCGUCUCCCGUCUGAUUCGGGCGACGGAGGCGAGCCACUUGACUUCCGGUUCGGGGUCUUACAACGAGGCAGCGUCAUGAGUGAUCCUAAGAUUUGGGAUCUGGCAUGGUCUCCUCCUUCGGCGUUCGAUAAAGCAGCCAAACCAGUACGGCAGAAGAAAUCUUCCGCUAAGAGUGGGCUCCACGAUGAGAAUAUUUAUGAAUGGUACACGAUAUAA